CUCCACGGAACAACCCUCCUGGGGUCCCCCGGCGCCGCGGCCCGCUGUACUCGGGUGCCUGGGCAGCAGCGUCCGCAGCCGAGGUGGGCGCGCGCGGUCACCCGGGGCAGCACCAGCCGCCCGCGGCAGCACCGUCGUCUCGGCCGCGCCAGCGGGCUGCGGGCAGCUGGGGGCGGGCUGGGGGACGCCGGCCGCGGCAGGAGGCGCUGUAGCCAGGGCUGCGCGCCGCGGCCGGCAGUGGGGCAGGCGCGGUGGGCCCGGCCACUCCUCCAGCUCCUGCGCGGCCGCCUCCUGCCGGGCUCGGCCGGCGCCCGCCGUCCCCGCAGCGCCUCUCAGCGCUCGCUGCCCCGAGCGCCCGCGCGCUGGGCUGGCGGGGGCUUCGUGGGGCGCGCGGGGCCAUGCUCGUGGCCCCCUAACGGACCGCUGCCGCCUCCAUGAAGCGGAAGAACGAGCGGCGGCCGAACUGGGCCGCCGCGCCCCCCUGCUCGCGGAACGGCUCGUCGUCUUCGUUGGGAGUGAAGAAGAUCCGCAGCUCCACGUCGCAGGAGCUGCAUCGCCUGGACCAGCCGGAGGACCUGUACCUGGACAUCACCGAUCGCCUUUGUUUUGCCAUUCUCUACAGCAGACCAAAGAGUUCAUCAAAUGUACAUUAUUUCAGCAUAGAUAAUGAACUUGAAUAUGAGAACUUCUACGCAGAUUUUGGACCACUCAAUCUGGCAAUGGUUUACAGAUAUUGUCGCAAGAUAAAUAAGAAAUUAAAGUCCAUUACAUUGAUAAGGAAGAAAAUUGUUCAUUUUACUGGCUGUGAUCAGAGAAAACAAGCAAAUGCUGCUUACCUUGUUGGAUGUUAUAUGGUUAUAUAUUUGGGGAGAACUCCAGAAGAAGCAUAUAGAAAAUUAAUGUUUGGAGAUACAUCCUAUAUUCCUUUCAGAGAUGCUGCGUAUGGGAGCUGCAAUUUCUACAUUACACUUCUCGACUGUUUUCAUGCAGUGAAGAAGGCAAUGCAGUAUGGCUUCCUUAAUUUCAACUCAUUUAACCUUGACGAAUAUGAAUACUAUGAAAAAGCAGAAAAUGGAGAUUUAAAUUGGAUAAUACCAGAUCAAUUUAUUGCCUUCUGUGGACCUCAUUCAAGAACCAGACUUGAAAGUGGUUACCACCAACAUUCUCCUGAGACUUAUAUUCCCUAUUUUAAGAAUCACAACGUUACUACCAUUAUUCGUCUGAAUAAAAGGAUGUAUAAUGCCAAACACUUUACAAAUGCUGGUUUCGAUCACUAUGAUCUUUUCUUUGCGGAUGGCAGCACACCUACUGAUGCCAUUGUCAAAGAAUUUCUGGAUAUUUGUGAAAAUGCCGAGGGUGCCAUUGCAGUACAUUGUAAAGCUGGCCUUGGACGAACGGGCACUCUGAUAGCCUGCUACAUCAUGAAGCAUUACAGGAUGGCCGCAGCUGAGACCAUUGCUUGGAUCCGAAUCUGUCGACCUGGCUCUGUGAUUGGGCCUCAGCAACAAUUCCUGGUAAUGAAACAGGCAAGCCUCUGGUUGGAAGGUGACUAUUUUCGUCAAAAGCUACGGGGUCAGGAGAAUGGAAAACACAGAGCAGCUGUCUCAAAACUCCUCUUGGCUGUUGACGACAUUUCAAUCAAUGGGGUCGAGAAUCAAGACAAGCAAGAGCCUGAACUGUACAGUGAUGAUGACGAAAUCAGUGGAGUGACCCAAGGUGAUAGACUUCGGGCCCUGAAAAGCAGAAGACAAUCAAAAACAAACGCUAUUCCCCUCACAGUAAUUCUUCAGUCCAGUGUUCAGAGCUGUAAAACAUCUGAACCUAACAUUUCUGGCAGUGCAGGAAUUACUAAAAGAACCACCAGAUCUGCUUCAAGAAAAAGCAGUUUCAAAAGCCUGGUUCCUCAGAGGGAAAGAAGGAAAAGGAAUGCUUUGCAGCAAAUGCCCUUAAUGGCAUUAUGUCCCUCCAUUUCAAGGACUAAAACAGUCUUGCUUUAAGUAAAAACUGUGACCAGCACUGAAGGAAGACUCUAGGAACAGAAAACUACAACAGGACUUAGCACAGUUUAUUUGGAAACAAAACAAAAUUGCAAAAGCCUUAGCUGCUUUCCACCUAAGAAGUUUAUUCGAUGAAGAAAAUGUCCACUGGAGUUUAAGUAACUACACGAGUUUGGGUACCAGUGAGGACUUGGAAGAUGGCCCAACUCUCCUUUUGUAGAAGUGUCUCAAGUUGAACAACAAAAGAGCUGUUGUAAAUUUAGUCUCAGGUGUAAAUAUCAAAGCCCUUUGUUCUCAGGAGGGCUGGCCACUCUGUGUGGUGCAUGUGUGUCCCUGUGGUGGCAAUCAUUUUAGCUGCUGGCCUUCAGAAGAAUUGAGGAUCUGAUGGAGGUUUUUUACCUAUUUAUUUUCUGUUUGCCCUGUGUCAAAAUUUAUAAAGCUAAAACAGGCAUUACUGAAAUGGUACUUUCUGUAAUUUGAUACUAUUUGGUGUAACCAUCUUCACUUUAAUAUUUGUAAUAUUGUUGUAACGUUAACUCUGUUAAGUACCCAAGCUGUUUGUCUUCCACCAAAGAGUGCUUUAUUAACAUGACUCUGUGAAAACCACCUUUGGAGACUUGGAUUUUGUGACAAAAAGUGGUAGGUACGCUGGUAACCUACAGCUUGCAGGAGAGUAUCACUAGUAGCUUUCGAAGACUCAGGAGGAGGACUGACUUCAGAGUUGGGCGAUGGUUGGAAGUCAUUCCUUUCUGUGUCACUUCAGGACUGACGAAUUCCUAUUUCCUUCCAUGCUGAAAAAAACCCCACACUUUUGGUGUUUCCCCUUGGAAACAGUGGUUCCAAAUAAUGGUGGCUUAUAAAAAACACUUACUGUUUUUUUAGGGUCUUUCUUUGUAGCGUUGUGGACUUUUUUUAAAAAGUCACUGUUAACUUCAGUGACGGUUAUUCACCUCUGGAUUUCAGCUGUUUGUAAAUAAGACACUCACUGUUGCCUUUGGUUAGGGAAUAAACUCUUUGUAGAGUGCCUUCUCCCCUCCCCCCUACAGAAACAUAGCAGAGUAUGUCUGUGAUGUAAAGCAAUCAUAAAAACAGUUUAUUUGCUGCUAAAAAAAAAAAAAAGUGGGGCCCAAAAUAAAGACUAUUUUGCAAUCAUCUUGGUGAUUUCUGUAAGAAGUGAAUGGUUUUAGUUAUUGCUAAGCAGUGUUGGCCUAUCCUGGUUUGGAGAAGGGGGGGGAUACAGUGUUGAAAGGCAGAAAGCCUUUACAUUACAGGAUCGAUGAAUGGGGUCAGUAUGCAAUUCCACUUUGAAAAGCUGCUUUUGAAGCAAAAUUGAGGAAUAAGAAGCGCUUGGAAUAAACAGAUUAAGGUCUGUUAAUGCAAAAAUAAUUGGAAGCCUUGGCUCCAUUUUGGUAUUUACUCUCUUGGAGUAAUUGUAAGUUUGACCAGCUUUGAGGGGAGAUGGAAGAUGCCAUUGUUUUGGCCAAAUGAGCAGCUUUCCCCAUCAGGCACUGAGGGUUGGGGCCAUGCCAGCUUCUAUAUAUUGGGGACUAGGUCUCAGAAAACCAUUGCUUUUCUGUCCCUGGGAGUUCAUAGGCGCAAGGACAGACUUCCUGUUUGGAAGACCGCUUUUCAAUAAGCUUUGGGUGGGAGGAGAAACAUUCCAUUUGCUGCAUUGUGUUGGGAGACAGUAUUAAAUAUUCACACUGCCCAGGCAUAAAGUGUAGAAUUCUCAGGACAGCUCUUCCUCCCUUUAGACUCUUAAAGGCCAUCUCCUGCAUAAGUAAUUCAGGUAGCUGUGAAAAUCAGAUUUCCAUCUGAACCGUCCUUGCUUUGGCUUUUUAUUAUGUCAGAACAAGUAAAUAUGCUCUCCCCUCCCAGCAAAUAAGCCAUUGAUUGGGUGUCUUGGCCAAGAGCGAAAAAUUGAGGCUUCAGUGUGUUAACCAUAGUGCUUUUUAUUUUACAAAUUGCCUUUCUGUGUUGGAUGCUCACAUUUCCAGCUAGAAUUGCUAUCACUGUGGCUUUUUCUAAGCAUCCCGGUAUACACCAGGCUUGUUCCUGAAAUUAGUCAUAGGAAAUUAGUGAUUUCAUAAAGAAUCAUUUCUUGGAAACACACAAAGGACACAGCACAGUGUUAAACUUAUGGGGGACAUAUCUAGAAUCCAGGAAGUCUCUGGGUCAAACUGAUGGAAAGUUCUUCCUGCUAUGAAUAAGAGGGACCUCACCACCACCACCCCUUGGCUAAACCUUCAACACACCCAGAAUCUUCUGAGAUUCUAAUUUCGAGUCUUUGUCACAGAAGACCUCAUUGCUGUGGAAUAUGAAAUAGGGCACGUCAGAUGGAGAGAUUCCUUUAACUUAAGAUCCUUAAAUAGCUUUGAAAAUACACCGUGACAGUUUCCAUUGGAAUUAAAGUUAGAAAUGAAUAUUUUUGGGUGCCCUUGAAGCUUUGUGGGGACUCAGGUUAAGAGUUAGGGAUAGUUCAAAGGAAGGGUGUCUGCACAACUGGGUACCUAGAGGUGUAGACAGACUUGUGCGUUGUGUUGCUGAAGAAAAGCUAGGAAUCUCUGACCAAUCAGCGAAUGGGGCCAACCCUGAGCAGUGCCUCACUGAAGCAAGUAGCCUUACUUGUCAAGUGUCCGCUGCUUCCCAUUGACACGCAGCUGUCCUAGUCUCUGCAAUUGCUCUGUUCCAAACUUGACUCCCUCAGCUCAUCACCCACCCACUUCCUCCUCUGCCCUCCUCCCCCUCUCAGGGGUGAUUUCUACCUCUCUUCUUGUGCCCAGACAAGUUUUAGAGGAGUUCCCCAGUGUUGUCACCCAGUGAAGGUGUUUCCCUUGGGAGCCUGAUCCCCGGGCUUGGAGAGCCGCGCGGACCCUCUGGCGUCUGGGCAGUGUGCCAAGAGCUCCGGGAACCUUUCCUUAGCUUGAAUCAACUGUUUCUGACACAUGAGUGAUGCACCCUUCUGAUGUUGGUUCUAAAAGUAGUUUAACAGCUUCUCUUCAUGCAUUUUUAAAAGUAAUUACUGCAUUUUGGAAAGCAGUGUUCAUCACAAACAACUUUAAAAACGUAUUUUAAUUCUUUAAUAGCUAUCCCCCACUGAAACUGUCCUUGAGAGGCUAGCUGCUGCUCUUCUAUUUCUCCUAAAUCUGAGUAUUCUCCGUGUCGCUCCGUGGAAAUACUACAGAUGUAUUUAGAAGACUGAACAGUUCACCUAUACUGUGUAGGAAAUUACCUCUUUAAUUGCUUAGUGGGAGUAAAUGUCAGCAGAUAUGUUCAUCUGAUUAUAGUACUGCAGUUUUAUAUUAAUAAUUUGCAGACUUUUAUCUAACCUGCACUCAUGUACAGAUUAAGUUUUUAAAUGUAACUGAUUAAUCAGUUUUUGAUCAUUGUCUUGAUUUUUUUAAAUUAAAAUGUAUAUUUCUAAUCAUAUUUUAUAAAGCUGAGAGAACUGAUUGAAUGAAUGUUUAUUUUCCUGAAGGUAUUUUUAAGAUAAAGUUUCACAAUGGCCUGUAAACUUUGCAUAUGUAUGUAGUUUGAUACUUAUUGUUGCAUUCGAAAAUCGUGUGCGUUGUACCUGGUUUUAUACAAAAUACUGAAUAAUGGAAAUUGUAUAAUUACUCUCAUGUAAUUAAAAGUAUUAACCAAA